GUCUGUGGAUGAAGUUUUUCACUGUAUGGAGAAGGUGGUGGUGGGGGUGAGGAGUUUUUGCUGCUCUGCAUCAUUUCCUUUCUCAUCACUUCUGCUGUUGUUGGCGUGUCAACCUAAACUGAACUGUCUGUUCUCCUAUCCUCCAUUUAUCUUCUUUAUCUACUUGUCCCUUCUAUAAUGGAUCUCAGCGCUGUUUUGAUCAUUGCAGCUUAUUCCCUCGUGUCUGCAGGGAGUUAUAGCCAAGAAUGGAACAGUACCACAGCUAUAAGCAGCCCUGACUUAAAUAAUUGCACUGCCUGUUCCUGUACUAACGAGCCUCCAGCUACACCCACUUCCAGCUCCAGCAACUUUUCUCUCACCCUGGGCAUCCUCACAGUCACAUGGACCAAUAAGUGUAAAGGCACUGUGUACCUGGCCCCAUAUCUUACUUUCAACAGCUCUUCCCUGCCUUUCUGCCACAGCCAGGAGAUCCAAGUCCAGGGGAUUUUGGGAAAUGUGUGUCGGAACCUUAGAGGCUGUAAAGGAGAGCCAAAAUGGGGGAGUUCCAGUGAGGAACAGGAGGAAGGUUACAAGAUUACUGAGAAAGGACUGAACAAAACUGACUGCAGGACACGUCAGGUCAAAUGCAAAGUGGAGGAGCUCCCAGAUUUCGAGGGCCAGCUGCAGACCUACAAGGUGGUGACAGCUUUGCUCACCAUCGUACUCCUGGUGCUUUUAUUAAUCCGCUUUACCAGGCCCACUGUCAUGGCCCUGCAGAAGAGAUUAUCAGACAGGAGGCAAAAUCGCUGGGUUGGACCCACGCAAAGUCACAGUGUCUCCUACCAUCGAGGCAAAAGUGCAGUUAAGAACGAUGAUGAAGAGAAGAGAUUUUCAUACCCAGCUCUGGAGCGUCUGACAAUCGGCGAAAGCAGCCCUUCAUGUAACAGAAACCUCUAUCACUUCUAGCCUGCAGGUUCCUCCACCUUCAUGUCCAAAAGUGUCUUCCUCUUCAAGUUAAAGAUCUGUUUUCUAAUGUGAAGCUAUAGAUUGUAUGUAGAAUUACUGCCUAUGCUUGUCAAGAAAUUAAUUUGUAUGAUUUGCAUGACACACAAACAUUUCAUAGUCAUUAGUCCAUCCUAGUGUCACAUCAGUUAUGUUUGUCUAAAGAGCAAAAAAAUCAUAAUAGUAUGAAAGUAAAGGCUGUAGGUGUUUCAGGUGGCUCAGUGGUUUGCUCAGGGCAGGACUGAUGUGACAACACUUUUUAUAGUAUGUUUUUAUUGAGUUUGUAAUUGGAGCUAUUGGUCUUGUGAAGUACCCUGAGAUGACAUGUUGUGAUAUGGUGCUGCAUAAAUCAACUGAACUGAAUUUUGUCCGCUUAGUGGAACAGUCUGUAAUGUUUUAAAGCAUCUAAAAGUUUUCAUAUUUAAUCAAAGCAAAAUGUUAAUGUUGUAAAUGGUCCAAAUGGAAACGUUAACAAGUAGCAUGUGAUUAUUCUGAAAGAUCCAAACUACAGUAAUUUCACUGCAGAGGCUUAUAGGCAACAUCUACAGCGGAUAUAAAACGUUUACACAUCCCUGUUAAAAUGGCAGGCUUUGAAUGAGACCAUGAUUUUGAAAUGUUUUCCACAAAUAAUGUGACAUUUAUUCUGUACAAUAUAACUGAAAAAGAGACAAAUUUAUUUGAGACAAAAUAUAAUAAAUACAAAUAAAUAAAUGCA